AUGACUAGCAACAACUCCGAUAACGAAACUGAGUCUUCCGCUUCAGAGCCUUGGACCGAUAACAGACCCGAUGCUGAAAUAUCUUUAGAAGAUGAGUUGUCGUUGGACAACCAACAGCAAGAAUCUCAAGACAACGCCACUACCACUACCGAACCCCUCGCUCCUGCCCCUCAUACCGUGCUAACAUCUACUGCUACAACACCCGACCUGACCACAACAAAUAAUGAAGACGAUGAAGAUGAAACUCCAAGAUUCAAUAUUAGUCUUGACUCUAAUGAUACUUUCUCUGUUCCACCAGCUCAGUCGGAGCCCAUCUCUGGUGAUACUUCUGUACCAACAGAGUCUUCUACUACGGCAUCCACUACUUUUAUUCACUCAACUGUGACCGACCCCCAGAAAGAACAAGAUGGAUCUCAGAAUGCGUACAUCUCGUAUCUUAUCACUACUGAAACAAACGUUCCGACUUUUCAAUCUCACCUUGUCAAAGUUCGCCGUCGGUUUUCCGACUUUUUCUUCCUUUAUAGUUUUCUUGUUUCUGAGUAUCCUGCCUGUGCUGUUCCACCACUUCCUGAUAAAAACCGCCUUGAAUACAUCAAGGGUGAUCGGUUUGGCCCAGAGUUUACUCUAAAACGCGCUGCUUCUUUGAACCGGUUCUUGGAUCGUAUCUCUAUGCAUCCAAUUUUACGUAAAGCUUCGACCUACCUUAUUUUUCUUGAGUCGAACGAGUGGCACGCUUACAAGCGUUCACUUGCAAUCCGUCAACAGACUUCACCAGAAACUCCAAGCGUUCUGGAUGGAUUAUCUGAUUCACUGCUUAAUGCUUUUUCAAAAGUUCAUACUCCUAAUGAAGAACUCAUCGAUGUCAAAGCAAAGAUGGACAAGCUCGACGAAAACUUACUUCAAGUUGAGCGUGCGUUCCUCAGAGUUUUGCGCCGUAAAGGUGACAUCUCUAGUGACUUUGACGACUUUUCACAGCAACUUAUUCGACUUGCUGGGCUUGAAAAGAACCUUGAGUCUGAAAUUGUUUCCUUUGCCAAUGGCACGGAGUUUAUCUCGCGAGCCACACUUCAGCUCCGCGAUCAAAUUGAUAAUGGAUAUAUCAUCUCUCUGCGCGACUUGCAAAACUACGUGACUUCCAUCAAAUCUCUCAUCAAACUUCGCGAGCAAAAGCAACUGGACUACGAAGCUCUCAUUGACUACCUGGCCAAGGCGCAACAGGAAAAACAAGCAAUGCAAAUUGGUAGCGGCUCAAAGAACUUUUUCCGUGCUCGUAUGGAAGACAUGCGAGGAAUUGACCAUGAAAAUGCAAAGAAUGAGCGCUUACGCAAGCUUGAAACGAAAAUUCAAAGUCUCUCUCAAGAAGUGGACAAUGUGAAGACUGCUUCUGAUACAUUCCAGGAUCUGGCCAUUAACGAAAUUGCAAUUUUCGAAAAUACAAAGGCCCACGAAAUGAAGGAAACCUUAAGUACGCUUGCUGAUAACCAUAUCAACUACUACCAGUCCUUAAUCCAUGAAUGGUCAGCUCUUUUAAAGACUUAG